GUUGAAAACAAACCCGUAGCGACGUUGUUAAGAUGAAACUGUCGGCGUACAAACACAUAUCAGAAGCACAAGUACCAAAGCAGCGUUUAUAAGACGCCUUUUAUACCGUAAAACCUAUUUUUUAUCCUAGCAGAUAUGGAGUUAUCUCCCCUGAUAAAGAAAACAGGCCACUCUUUGGUGGAGAUAAGAGUUCGAGCAUUGAAAAGCAUCUUGUGCAAGCUGGACCAUUCCCUCAUCUCUGUGUCUGACAUUGUACAAGAAAAGAUGCUGUUUGUGUAUCUUCUGGAGUGGUUCAAUUUCCCAGAAGUGCCAAUGAAGGAGGARGUCCUCGAGUUGCUUUUAAUGUUAUCAAAGCACCCCAGUGCAGCCCAGAUGCUGAGAGACGUCGGGGCGGUGGACUUCCUCACUCAGCUAGCUCCUACGAUGGAGCCCAGACUGCGAGCUGUCAUCGAUGGAACCCUGGACCAGCUGUUCCAGCUUCCYGAGCUUCUCCCCAGUCAGUCAGCUGUCUACUCACAUGGAUCACACAACACAAGUCCAACAGCUCCAACAUUAGGCACUACUGGAGAUAAUUUGCCUAAAACGGGUUAUUUCCACAAGAACAUGCACCACAACACAGACGUACCRCCUCAGAGGAUAGCAGUGCAKGAAUCUGUGAGAUGUCUGAAGUUUUCUGUGUUUCCGUGGCUGACUUUGACAAACACAGACAGGCACAUACUUUCUUCCAAYGAGAGCUCUCUGAGGAGUUGCAAUCCCAACCUGGUGAGAACAACCUGUGAGCUUCUGUGUGACGUCAUUAUGCAGGACUUUCCUGCAGAAAUCUUCCUGCAGAGGCCUGGCAUUGUAAAGAACCUUCUUUCUCUGCUGAGAGUGGCUUUGGGGAAAGGUGAUGGGGUCUACCGCCAUUCUCCUGCUCUUUCYUGCCUGCGGCAGCUUUGUGUGGGGCUGAAGAGGAGGUUGCGCUUUCAUCAAGAUCCAAGCUUUUAUUCUGCAAAGCAAGCUCUGACGUCGCAGAACUCGUCCUUCUCCUACACUCACGAAGUUUUGGGGAACCAGCGCUCACAGGCGUCCUCCCCCGGGGCGGAGUGCUCGCCUCGGCCUUCUGUGGUGGGCCACGCAGGCCAGAGAGCCAUGGGUGACGGCCAAGAUGAAGACGUUGCCUCUAACAGUGGCGGCUCCCACAGCGGUGGGGCGGCCGUUCAGGCCCCCGGACGGAUGCCCCCCUCACCUGCCGACGUAGCCCAGUUGGAGCUUCCUGAUCUGGGUGCAGAAGAUGUGUUAGAGCUGCAGCUGCAGCAGCUGACGGUGGCCCAGUUCACCGUUGCUACCAUGCAACAUGCCAUACCUCUGCUUAAGACAGAAGGUUUGCUCGUGUUCCACCGUGUUCUGGAGCUGCUGUGUGAUGCCGUCCUCCUGCUCGGGGACAGCGUUUGCGAGCUGGUCUGGGACGACCGCAGCCUGGUGGGGAUGGAGCUGAAGGAGAAGCUGCAAGCCUGCAUGGAGCUGCUGGGGGAUAUUCUCAGCUAUUAUCAGAACCAGCCAGCAGACGCUCCUCCUCGUUUCCAGGUUCACCACAGAAUGGCCUUUACAGGCACUGCCAUAUUUACCAUUAAGCUCCUACAGACCAUCCUACCACCUGAGAAGGCUAGUGAGAAUCUCCCAGAAAGYACAGCUACAGCUCUCUUCCACUUAUGUUUGGAUGCACCACUGGGGAGUUUGUUACCCAGCAUGCAAGAGACUGCAGUGGCCUACGUGGAGCAAGUGAACUCAGACAGCCACGACCUGUACAGGAGAGUGACCAGAGCAGCUCUGUGGAUGGAAUCAACCUGCAACUUCCUGAAGGAAGUGCAAGCUGAGGGGGAAAAAAACUGGUUGGAGUUACUGGAACUUGCAGACCAAGCUAUAAACGGCCUCCCGUUUCACCAGCACCUGCCCGUCGUCAAAGAAUGUGUCCGCAUGUGCUCCUACCUGUGGAAGUUCGAUCAUCCCAGUCCUCUCCUUCAGACCGAGAGCCAGAAACUCUUCCUCAAGCUGCUGUCCCAUCCUUCACUGCCUGUCAAAACGGAAACAUAUGAGUGCACGUUAAGCCUGGUCAAGGACUGCCUUGGCAUCCAGAAGUCCUCACAACAGGAAUCAGCAGCGUGCGCUGGCGUUAACUUCCUCCUCCACUACAGAGUGCUCUAUGAAUUGAGCACGUUUGGACUCCAGGAUUCUGCAGAAAAGGUGAACACAUCUGCCAAGGACAUUCUGCUAUUCCUGCUCAAGGGACGAUUGAUGAUGACACCAUCAGCCUGGGACAGAUUCAAUGAGGCGCUUUACUCGGUCAUACCCAUUUUACAGGGAUAUGCCAGCACUGAAGAGUCACUUGGAAAGUGUGUCCUGCUGAUAAGCGACGUGUCGGAUGCGGCGAGGGACUAUGUUUUCCCAAGUACGGCCCAGCUGAAGGCAGCACUCCGGCUCCUUUUUACCAAGCAGCCCACCGUAAGACUAGCAGCAGUUCAACAAAUCCUGCCCCACCUAACUAGUGGCGAUGACGCAAACGUGGCCAGACCCGACCUGGAUCAAUUAGCGAUCGCAUCCCUCCCUAACCUCUACUGCCUCAGAAACCCUGUGGACAUCACACUCGACACCAGCAACAAGUCCAUCCUAAAGGUGGAGUCAGUGAAGAAGCUGUUUGGUAUUCUUCAUUCCGACACAGUUGACAUUUCCCUCCGAAGAUCAGCAGCAGAGCAGCUGUCUGUUGUGCUGCAAGACACAACAAUGCACCCAGUGCUGAAGGAUCAGGAUGUGACAGAGAAAGUAAUUUCCUUAAUCACGGAGUGUGUAAAUGGCAACAAGAGCUUUGAUUGUCUUCUGGAGCCGUGUGUUUGCAUCUUGAGAAAACUGGUGUAUGCUGAUCCGUCUCUGAGGCACAGCCUGGCUCAGCGCAGCCCCCUGCUCCUCGCCCUGCUCAGGGCAACUUUGAUACUAAAAGAGAACAAGGGGAAUGGAGGUGAGAUUGCUGUCCUCAUGAGUUUGCUGCUGUUUGAUGAGAUUUCCAGCAUUCAGAAGUGGUCAGAAAAAUCCACCACAGAUGCAACCUUUUCACCGUUCUCCUUACCACUAACAGCAGUACGCAGGUACAAUAUUCCCUUCAAAGCAGCCACGUAUCACGCCGUCAGCCCGUACUGCUGUGUCUUGGCUCCUUCUGUCGACCUCUUGACCCUGACACCUGCACGCCAAGCCCUGCAGGUAGCCUGGAACACUGCAUGGUAUUCUGGGAUGUAUAAUCUCCUGGAGAACCUGCACAAUAAGGCUGAUGAUGGAGACCAAUUUCAUCCCGAUUUAAAACUAUCAGAGUCGCAGCUUGUGUCGCUGCGGGCGGUGCACCUCCCGUUUGCGCUGCAGGACUGCAUCCAGGCCAUCGUCACUGCAGCGGGGCACAGGUCUGUGUCCUCUGCCCUGUCCAGGCUCAGCCUCUACAUGUUGUUUGACAGACURGCUCUUCCUCACGUUCCCACCCACGGCUGCACAGACAUCCUUCAUUCUCUCAGCUGGCAGGCAGCACUGACUAGGUUUCUUCAGGUGCGCCCAGCCUGUGUUGAGGAUGAAAGCUUGCUGGUGGGAAUAGUGACAUUUUUGAAUGCCUACUUCAAACAAAUUCCCACAGAGUUUGCGUGUGAAGCCGAGGACAGGAACCUGCGCUGGAUACUGGAGCUGCUUCUCAACCAGGAGACCGCAGCUCUCCUUCAUUUGCUUCUUGGUGUGGAGACGCAGAGCUCCUCUCAGAGCCCGAGAGAACCAGAGGAACUGAAGAACCAUGUCAGACAGAGACUGCAGAGAGAGCUCACCUGCUKCUUUAACACAUUACUGCACAGACUGUCACUCACCACUGACAGGCUGUGUUUGGCACUAGCAGGCCCCUUUAAGAGCCAGCUGGCAGUCCGCUUGCUUCAGAGCCUGCGGGUGUCGGACGCCCCGCGCUUCUACGGCCUCCCCAGCCUGGAGAGGACCCUGCAGGGCAUGGUGAGCCUGACCGCCCAGCCUGGGUGGAGCUCCCACUGCCCCGACCAGGAGCCCAGCUCCCUCUGCUCCAAGUACCUCAGUGGACUGUUGGAGGUGAUCUCCUCGUUUUACGUGGAGUGGGGAGGUAACUCUUUGUCUUUCAUGGGAAAAGGCGUGACGAAAAACGCUGUCAUCUGCUUGCUGCAUCUGUGCCAUGAGAUGAUGGCUGUAAACAAAGAACAGGAUUUGAUUUCUCAGUGGUCUUUGGGAAACGAGGGAACUACAGAGGAAUCUGGUUCCUCUCAGCUGGGUUUGGCCUGGCUUAUCCCACUGUGGGUGGACCGAGAUCAAGAAGUGAGGUUUGCCAGUUUGAGUUUAGGUGCAGCUCUGACCUGGAUGCCCAGCGGGUGCCAAGCUCUGUGUGCCAGCUGUCAGAACAUCAGCGGAGGUCUGUGGGGCACGUUGCUSAACAUCCUCCUGGAUCAGCAGGAUAGCAGCAUGGUCCGCAGAGAGGCUGCGUUUAUCUUGCAGAACUUGCUGGUGAUGCCUAUGCCUGCCAACGCAGAGGAGGCCAAGGACUCCCACUGGCAGCACCCGUGUGUCCACGAUGAGGUGUCUGGUGUGUCUGUGGUGGGUCUCCCUGCGCUACAAGCUCUGCUUUACCACUGUCAUUAUUUCCAAAAUGUGGCGCUCUCUGCGUCGAAGUGUUACCGCGGCAGAUACACUUUCCUGUUUCAGCCUCGGGCUGCUGGUAGCAGUGGCUCCCCUCUUCAGGAGAGCACUUYGACUGAUUCGGAGAAUUCUUUGUUGUUUUGGAGAUGGGAUCCACCACCCAGCAUCAGCUCUGGACGACCUUCCAGCUCUCUUUCCACCUCCAGCACUGAGAUCAGAGGUUCAGGACCAAACACUCCUAAGGUUUCCUCCCCAUCGAGCAUCACAAAUGAAACUCCAGCUGCCAGCAGACUGAUGGCUCAAGGCCAGAGCGAUAGAGACACAAGCAACUCGCUCACCUCGCAGGACUCCCAGCCAGGCGAGCCCUCAGCCCUGGAACCCAUCAUCAUGGUGACCCCCGACCUCAUGACGGCCCACUGUAACCUGCUGACCAACCUGCUGGCCAUCCUGCCAGAUUUCACCCUCACUGCCGUCCGACACAACCAGCUCCUCCAGGUUCUGGCCAGUCUUGUAAAUAUUGGGCCUAUUGAGAAAUGUCUGACUGAGCUGAGAACACCCAACAUCCUUCCUGGGGAGAAGGAAGACAUAAAGACUCAGCUCGUCACUGCACUUCAGUUCUUGUCCAGCUUUUCCAAACUACUGCAGUCUUGUAUCAUGGCRAACAAAGAGCUGAUUGGACAGAUGGACUUCCUGAAACAGCUGCUGUCUAAUCUCUUGGCUGUUCUCAUGCUGGAUACUAAUGGAUUAGACGCAGGUACCCAGGACGUGGUUCGUGUGAGCUGGACAGACGUGUUUACGCUCCUGGCUACUCUGCUGAAGAGAGACAGCUCAGCAGCGCACCCAUCUGUCUCUGCCGUGUUGGGGAGACGCUGGCGGACAUUUGCAGGAACAAUUUCAGCGUGUUUGAAUGAGAAGUGUGCAGACUCUCUUCUCUACACGGCCGCUCUGCAGUUCCUCUCUACAGUUUUCACAGAGGAGACAAAGUGUCGCAACAAAGAGGUCACGAGCUCAGCAUCCAAACACUGCACGGACCUGUCAGAUACCCUUAAUGGGUCCUCUGCCAGCCAGCUGUGUGAGCUCAUACUGCAGAGCUUCGAGAAGAGGACCCUCCAGGACCCUUUAAAGAAGCUCACAGCUAGAGCUCUGAUGGCGCUGCUCACCUGCAGUCCCACCGCUCAGAACUACGCAGCCAAAGCCGGUUUAAUCGACAGCUGCGUGGAGCAGCUGAGGCAGACCCAUUCGCAGCUCCACCUGGAGUCGGUCCGACCCGACAGGGCUUCUCACCGCAAAAAGGACGGCGGCUAUUUAAAGGAAGUCAAGCUGACUGUGGAGAUCCUGAGGAGCGCUCUUUAUUGCAACGAUGAAUGCAAAGUAGUUGCUGCGGAUGCUCGUCUGACGCUGACGCUUCACGCUCUCUGGCCUUGGCUCUUAUUGGACGACCCCACCAUGGAAGCGGUGCUGGAGCUUCUGUGCGUCUACGUGGCCAACUGCCCACAAGCAUGCAGUUCUCUGUGCAGCAGCAGCCCCAGUGGKGUUCCAGGUUCUAAAGGCUCCUCUAAUAGCUCUCUGAUGCACUCGAUCAUGAAGCUGACCUCGCUCGCCUCCGACAGCAGCCUCAUCCAGAGCCUGGCCUUCUCUCUCCUGGUUAACCUGACAGUGGCGCGCGACUGCAGAUGCCUCCUGCAGAAGAGUAAUUUUCUUCAAGCGUUCCUCUCGGUGCCAGUGCCCAAAGCGGCUGGUGCGAAGGCCGGGUCAGCAGGUGGUGGCGCGAGCCCCCUGUCCCUCUGGCUCAGACUGCUGGUCAGUCUGUCGUCGUCAGAAGACGGCCAGCAGAGUAUCCUUAAGGUGACCGGGGCCUUGGAGCUGCUGGCUGAUUUGGCGCCGGAUCGGCGACACGCGCUGCUCGCCCUUCACAACCUCUGCUUCUGCUCUUCCAACAAAUCACACGUCAUCGCCAGUGACAAAGCCAUGAAAGUUUUGCUGACAUGUCUGGAAAGUAGAGAAAUGGAAACCUGCUGUUUAGGAGCGUCUGCACUGUGGGCGUUGCUUCACAACAAUCAAAGGGCGAAAACGUCCCUGAAGUGUCCUUCGGUUCGGUUGAAAAUCGAGGAGGCGCAUUCCUUCUUCAAAAAAGAUGCAGAGAAGAAUCAGGAACCUCUGAGUGGUCACCUGCUGAAGUGCCUACAGCACCUCUCCCAGCUGCUGAAAAGCUGAAGUUAAUGAAUGUUUUUGUAUAGAUUUGUAUCAUGUUUUAUAUUUAAUAAAGUGAUUUUGUUUGGUUAUUUUUAAUAUUAA